AUGAAGACAAUAGAUUUUAGUGGUGAUAAUGGGAUAGGAACUAAUUUUAAAAUUGCCUUACAUGCUAAUCUAAUAUUUGCAUCUUUAGGUGAAAGAGGAUGUAUGGUAGUUGAUGGAUAAAAUUACACUAAAAUAUAUGAAUAUAAAAGCAAUUAAUUUCUAAGCGCUAUUGGAGUGACAUCAGAUGCAAAAUAUGUUUUUUUAAGCUAAAAUAACUCUCUUGCAAUGUUUGAAUUUGUUAAUAAAAAAGAAUUUGUAUUUUAAUCAUCCGCAUCAUUUAAUAAUUGUGUUAUUUUAGAUAUUAUUGUCAGCUCUAAUAAUAGAUUUGCAUUUAUUGCAGGCGAAAAAGGUAUUUUAGCUGUUUAUAAUAUUGCUGAUCCAUCAAGGAUUUUUAGGGUUGCUGAGUUGUAAACUGCUGCAACAUUGAUAAAUCGAAUAAAUUUUUCAAAAGAUGAAAAAUUCUUGUUUUUAGGAAAUAAUGAGCUUGGUUUUAAUUUAAUAAAACUAGAUUUUAAUUAAUUAAAUGGGUAGGAAAACUCAGUUAUUUUAAAACUAGUUGGUAAUGCAAUACCUUACUGGAAAAUAUUUCAAUGCAUUCCAACAUAAGACUUGAAGUAUGUUUAUUGCACUGAUUACUGGUAUGGAGUUUACAUUGCAACAUUAGAUGAUAUUAUUAACUAACCAGAAUCUAAUUAUCCUGUUUAAAUCCAUUUUAAGCUUAGGUCAUGGCCUCUAAAUUCUAUAAACCCUUUAGUUUUUUCAAUUGAGCUAUUUAAUGAUGACCAAUAUUUGCUUGUUUCUGUUAGAUCUUUAGGUAUUUUCAUAUUCGAUAUAAGAGAUAGAGAAAAUUUAAUCCUUUAUCAGAAAAUAUAUGUUCCUGGCUAACCAGUUUAAUUGAGUAUUUCCCCUAUUGAUGGCAAUAUUAUAUAUGCCAACAAAAUUCAACUUAACAUUUACAAGCAGACUGUUCCAAACUUGAAUAACAGAAAUCCGAAUUUGUUUAACAAUCAUCAGUCAAUGAUUGUUUAAUAUUAUCCUUAGGUUUUUUACAGAUGGCGUUGCUAUUUAAGUAGAGAUAAUUAAUACUAUUAUGGGACUUAAGAUUUUAUGGGAUUAGUUAUUGCACAUAUUCCUAAUAGUAACCCUUACAAUAUUUAAUUCAAGUUAUUAAUACCUGCUAUUCCUCCGAAUUUUACUGAGGCCACAACUGUGACUAAAAAUAAGAAAUUUAUUUUUUAGGCUGUUUAAGAAAAUGGGUGUACUUUAAAAAUUCAUGAUAUUUCAGAUUUAAAUAAUGUAAAGAUUGUUUAGUGUCUUACUAUAAAUGAGCCUACAUAGCAUGCAGAAGAAUAAGCAAUAUCAGAUGAUGAGACCAUCCUUGUUUUAAGUUAUGAUGAUGGGAUUCUUAUUAUUGAUGUUAGCAUUCCAUCUUAAGCUGAAAUACUUUCAUAUUGGAAAAUGGAGGGAUUGAUGAUAGGAAACCUGGCUGGAGUUAUGAUCACGAAGGACAAAAAAUGGGUUUUAGGUACAGCGAGAGGUUAUGGCGUUUGUGCUUUAAACAUAGAAGACCCCAAAAACCCUAUAUAUACAGACUCAAUAAAUACUUAAGGAGGUGAAGGAAUCAAAGCUUCUCCUUACAAUCACACUCUAGCCUAUUUACUAGAUGGAUAUAGAGGAGUGGCUGUGAUAGACUUGUCUUACUUGCCGAAUUUGAAAAUCAUAAGCAGAAUCUAACUCAGAGGUUGGACAAAUGAUUUAACUGUUUUCACAAACGAUCAAUUUUUAUUAGUCUCUACUAUGGAUGACGGAUAGUUAACAUUGAUCAACUCCUCUAAUCCAAAAAAUUUAUAUAUAAUAAGUAUGUUUUAAUAAGGAGAUGAGAGCUCAUAGUCUUCUUGCUUUACUUCAGAUUUCAAGUAUGCUUUUAUAAAUAACGAAUUUGGUACAAGAAUUAUGCCUUUAACAAGUUAAAUUAUCCUUCAUACUUAAAUUAGUUAGUCUAUUUUCAAUGAAGAUAAUUUGGUUUCUUCAUAAGUUAGCCUUGGUUCAGAAGAUAUUUUGUAUGUUGGAUAAAAUAUAAUAUUUGAUUUUAUUCCUAUCUAUUAAAAGGAAGGAAUGGUUAUAUCAAAAAUAUUGUACUAUGAUUAAAGUACUCUUGAGUUACAAGAGUUGCCCUCUUGGAUAAAUGUUUUUAACAACAAUUUCAGCAUAAAAUUUUAAGUCUCUAAGGAAAGCCUUAGAUCUAAUGUUUUACAACCAGUUUAAAAUACUAUUCUAGUAAAAUCAGCUUUGUAGCUAAAUGCCAACAGUUUUAUUUAUAAUUAAGAUGGCUUCUAGACUAAUAUAACCUUAGCUGACAAAAUAUUUAAAAUUGUAAGUGAUAAAUUUCACUUUUUAGAUGAAAAUGGUUUUGUUACAGAUAUAUUUUGCUAUAAUUCAAAUAUUACAUUAACAGAUUUAAAUUUAUAAGACUCAAAUCUGCUUGAAUUCAUUUAAAAGUAGGUAAAAAUCACACUCUAAUUUGCUGUAUUUUUCAAUCCAGUAGUAUUUUUAACACAAAACUCAUUGCUUUUUGAUUAAGACAACAAAAUAUAAAUGAUUAAAACUCCCUCUCAAAAUUUAAAGAUAUCAAUAUCAUUUAUAAACAACUAAGGGAAUAACUGUGUUUUUGUGAAUAUCCCUUAUAGUGGUUGUAUAUAAGAAUUAAGUUCUGAUUAAUCAACUAUUUAAAUAUCAGGUUCUACUUUAAAUAUUAACAAUGUACUUUUUCAUCAAGUGAUAUACCAUUGUAAAUAUCAUGAAAAUAAUAUUUAUAAUAAUUAGAUAGGUUUUUAAAUUGUAGAUAAUUUAAAUUACGACUAUAUUAACUAAUUUAAUGUUACAAAAUCUACUUUCUUGAAGUAGCUUAAAGAUAUUUCAAUUAAUACAAAAAUGCCAUCAUUGUAGCAAUAAUUUGAAAAUAAAUAUUAAAAUUCUGAAAUUCCUAUUGAGACUGAUAUUAAUUUUUCAUUUGAAAACAGCUACUUCAUAUAACCUUAGUCAAAUUUCUUGCCAAUAACUUAUUCCUUAUAUUAUUAUGACAGUACUAAUGAUAAUUAUACUUUGGUUAACUCUAAUUAUUGGAUAAAAUUAGAAGCCACUUAACUUAAAUUUUAUGGAUUUGCAUCAUCUAAUAUGUUUUAAACUGUUUAAUAAUUAAAAAUUGUAGCUUCAAAUGGUUAUGUUGAAUGUAGCGAUUUUCUAAAAAUUAACAUUAAUUUAGUAUCCUUUCUUUAUACCUUAAAUAUAAUUUUAAGAGCUUUUGGCAUUAUUAUAGGAUUUUUUGGAUUAUAUAAAUUUAAGAGCUUUAUAUGCAAUACAUUAAUUAACGAUAAAGUUUUAUAUUCAGAUGAAACUGCAGUAAUUAAUCAGCCUUUUUUCAAAUAAAUAACAAUUAUUGGCGAUGACUUUGAAAUAGCCAAGUUACUUUUUAAUCAAUUUAAGAGAAAAUUUUUCAAAGGAAAAAUUUAAUUUGUAAAUAGACCCUGUAGGGAAAAUAUUAAAACAACUCAAGAAUCCCAAAACAGUUAUCCAAACUAAGAUGCAAUAAGAUAAAGCUAAUUAUCUAAUAAUAACAACAAUAAUAAUACUAACAAUAUUAGCAGCUUUAAUAAUAAUAUCAAUAGUAAUAAUGCAGUAAGAUAACAAUAAUAGAAUAUCAUUAGCAAAACUUCAAAUGACGAUAAUGAGAUUAAUUAAGAAUAAACUCAAAAGGGAAUAUUCUAUAAAUUCGCUGAAACCUAUUCUGGAUAAUAAGAAUAGUGUAUUUUAUAAUUGCAUGAAAUCGAUAGUUUGUCGAUAUUUAAUUUCAUAAGACACUAAGACUUUAAAACUAUAUAAAUAUUUAAAAGAAUAUGCUAAAGUUUAUUCUAAAUUUUCUCCAAAUGAUUGGUAUAAAUACUACUUUGAUUUAGCAUACUACUCAUCAUCAUCCUUUAACAAAAUUUCCACUUUAGCAAAUUUAAAUAUUUAAGAAAACAAAUAACAGUAAGAUUGUAAUGAUAAUAAUCCAUAAUAAAACAAGAAACAUAUUUAAGAAGCUGAAGAAGAUGAUAUUUUUAAAAAUCCUCUCCCAAUUCUUAAAAUAACAAAAAAGGAAUAGACUAAAUUAUAGAAAAAGAUAUAAAUCCAUACCUCUUGAAAAAUGUAUUGCUAUCAGACGCAAUGGGAUUAUAAGAUUUAAAAAUGAAGAGCUUACUGCCUUCAUUAGGAGAGUCAAUACAUUGUUUUCCUCACUAAGUUAAAACAAUCUAAGCUUCUUAUCUGAUUCCUUCAUAAAAUUACUGUUUUUAAAGAAAAAAUUAUAAAAACUAUUAACCUUUUUCUCUUGAGACGAAGCUACCCAAAUGGCUGAAUGUAAAAUGUAUUAAGAAUGCUCUAGUAUUGUUUGGAACUCCAAAACUUUCUGAUGAAAAAGUGAUACUCGUUAAAAUCAUUAAUCAAUCUAACAUAAUAAUUAGAAAAUUUAGAAUAUGUCUGCUUGAAGAAAUAAACAAUUCUUUUACUAAAUUAGAUAAAGUUAAAAAGUAAACUUUAGUACAACCUGUAUAUGCAAGCUACUUUCAUGAAAUAAAAAAAUCUCUCAAAGAAAUAGAUGCUGAAUAUGAAGAAAAAACAUAAAACGAUUUUUCUGAAAAAAACUCAGAAAUUGAACCUUAAUAAGCACAAGAUGUUGAUGUUCCUAAUAAGAUUGGAUGCUAACUUUUUUAAAGAAAUUUCUAUUCUGAUUAAUUAAUUCAAAAUAAAAUAGAAGAAAAUGAUAUUAAAUUCAAGCAAUUAGCUUAAUCUUUUUUUCUCCCGACUGAUCCAGACUAAAAAAUUGAAUUUUAAAAUAUUGAAAAGGAAGUUAAUUAGAAGUUACCAACAAAGCAAUUUUUAGACUUUAUUUAAACUGAAGUUUUACAAGCAAGCUAAGCAAUCGAUCCAAUUCAUAGCUUUUAGCCAAAAGUAUUAGAGUUAAAUAACUCUGAUUACAUAUAAGAUUGUUCUUAACUUGCAUUUAAGCAAAACUCUUAAACAAAUUAAUAAAAUUUAAAUUUUACUGAUGGUAUACCGUCCGAAAAAUAACUUCCAUCCUUUCAUUUUUGAUUUAAAUUAGUUUCAUAUAAAUUUAUAAAGAGUUGUUGUUUAUAUGUUUUUAUAUAUCUAAUUACGUAAA